GAUACAUUCAGUUCGUAAAGGGAUACUUCAGGCCAGUCCUCACCAAGGAGGCUGAAGAUAUAAUCUCACGCUAUUACCAACUUCAGAGAAGAUCUACAGUACACAAUGCAGCAAGGACGACUGUGCGCAUGUUGGAAAGUCUGAUCCGUCUAGCUCAAGCACAUGCAAGACUUAUGUUCAGAAACAAGGUGACGCGCUUAGAUGCUAUAACAGCAAUUUUAUGCAUCGAAUCAUCCAUGACCAUUUCUGCCAUUGUGGACAAUGCCGGGAAUGCUCUGCACUCAAAUUUCACUGAAAGCCCUGAUCAGGAAUAUGGUGAGCAAGAAAAGAUAAUCCUUGAAAAGUUGAGAUCAAGUGAUGAAUAUCCAGAGAUCGACAUGGAAGAAUCAUGAAGAUGAAUAUUUACCAAAAGCGAAACAACGCCAGUUUUAUGUAUCACAAUGGCAAAUAUGUAUGAUUUUUAUUAUUAAUAUUCUUAAUGCAUAAAUGUUGUCAAGAAUUUGUGGCAGGGACACUUUUGCAGACGUUCUAUCUGCUAGAUUGUCUAUUUGUUGUUCGAAGCCUGUAAAUAGAAAUUGCAUUGUUCA